CGUGCCUCGAGCCCAUGCAUGCACCUCUAUACCAGUCGACAGGUUGUACGGGAGUUGGUAGGAGGGUAUUAUGAAACCCUUUCUAGUCAGAUUCAGAGUUCUAAACGUUCUUUCCUUCGUGCUUUUUUAGGCUCGCUGUGGAAUCAUAUAUUCCUUUAGUUUAUAGAUUAUAUUGUGCUUUCAUCAUGGUUCUAUAUUGUCGUGUUUGUGCUGCUGCAUGUACGCUCAGCUAUUUGCUCUUUCUUCUGUUGGUGUCGGGAGGUCAUGGGCAAGCGGACUUGGACCCACAGGUGAUUCUCUCUUGUAACUAUGAGAAUGAAACGGAUCCGUUCUGUGGCUUCACGCAAGAUACCCUCGAUGACUUUGACUGGACCAGACAGGCUGGUACCACGUCUACAGAAAAUACAGGACCAAGUGUCGACCAUACCUAUGGUUCGACAGAAGGUUACUACAUUUACACCGAAUCGUCCCUUCCGCAGACCCAUGGUCACGUGGCCCGACUCGUCUCUCCCAUGAUGCAGCCGUCGACCACGCCCAUCUGUUUCGCGUUUUACUACCAGAUGAACGGGGAGGACAUCGGUAAGCUCCGGGUACUCCUCCAGACCGCCAACGGGACGGAUGACCCGACGCUGCUCAAGCAAUGGAGUGGUCAUCAGGACGAUAAGUGGUUGAAGUCCGGGAUCACCAUCCAACCCCAGACUGAAGAUUAUCAGAUCAUUCUUGAGAGUGAGGUUGGUGAGAGCUACAGAGGUGAUGUAGCUAUUGACGAUCUAAUGAUUCUUGAUAAAGUCUGCCCUCUAGACAACCUCACGUGUGAUUUCGAGACAAGUCAAGUAUGUGGAUUUACUCAGGAUACAACCGAUGAUUUCGAUUUCUGGUGGCAUGCUGGCUCUACCUCUUCUUCUAGUACGGGUCCAAGAACCGACAACACAUUCAAGAACGCAAGUGGGCAUUAUAUGUUCAUCGAAACAUCCUACCGUCAACAAGGCCAUGUUGCUCGUAUGAUCUCGCCAAUGAUGGCGGGUCACGGUGGUCGACCAUCCUGCAUGAUUUUCUACUAUCACAUGUUUGGAAGGAUUAUGGGCGACCUCAACGUCCACAUCAAAAACUCGACGUCGGACGACAUCGGUGAUCCCGUGUGGAGUCUGUCGGGAAAUCGAGGCGAUAAAUGGCGGGCUGCAGAAGUCGUGAUCAGCACGCCUUACGAUUAUCAGGUUGUAUUUGAAGCAGAGAGAGGCGAAAGCUAUCAAGGAGAUAUAGCGAUUGAUGAUGUCAAUAUCACCUUCACCGAAUGCCCAGGAUUUCAUCACAUCAAGAAUUUUAGCAGUGUGAACUGUGACUUUGAGGAAGCCGAAAUAUGUUACUACGAGCAGAACAAGGACGAUCAAUUUGAUUGGACCUGGGCUAACCGCGGUACAUGGUGGAGGUUUACCGGACCUUCGGCUGAUCACACGCUCGGAAAUGAGCUAGGAUUCUUCAUGUACAUCGAGGCAAGCUGGUCCACGCCACGUAACUCGUACGCGCGCCUGACGUCACCGGAAGUUGGUGCUCAGAGGCGGCCAUCUUGUCUCGAGUUUUGGUACCACAUGUAUGGAGUAGACGUGGAGGAGCUGAAUGUUUACAUCAUGGCAUCGGACGGUCCACUGCCCUCUACGCCGACCUGGACCCAGACUGGGGAUCAUGGUGACUACUGGCAUCGGGCAACGGUUAACAUCAAUAUGCUCAAUCGACCGUUUAAGGUGGUAUUCGAGGGAAAACGUGGGGUAUCCAGACGAGAUGAUGUAGCUCUAGAUGACAUCAAAGUCUACCAAAGUAGAAGUUGUCCGCCAUUUACCACCGAUUUUCCUCCGGCAACCACUACCCCUCGACCUUGGAAUGCCCUUCAGUGCACCUUUGAGCAGGACUACUGCAACUUCACUCAGGCCUAUGAUGAUAUCUUUGACUGGGUUCGCCAUAAGGGUACUGUCACCUGGAGAUGGUGGUUCGAAACUGUUCACAAGGACCACACUCUGGGCACUAAUCAAGGUCACUUUAUGCUUCUUCAGGUCAUGGAAUGGUGGAAUCAUUUAACCAACGAUAAUGCUCGAACAAUGACCCCGCUACUCCAGGGGUCGUCCAACCCACGCUGUCUGUCAUUCUGGUUUAUUCUGAAUGGGAGAUUCGCGGAUUUCUUUAACGUUUACAUCUUAAAUCAUGGUGAAACAUUGAACUUUGACCCCGACCUUGUUUUCUAUGGUGACCACGGACCCAAAUGGACGCAAGCAUUCCUUGACAUCCCACCUUCAACAUAUCCUUUCUAUGUCGUCUUUGAAGGAAUUAUCGGGUUUAUGUGGGCCACCACAGAAACAGCCAUUGAUGAUAUUCAGCUACUCAACCAGAAGUGCAUGAGGCCCGUGCCAACGACUCCGCCCAUCAGCGCGGACUGUAACUUUGAGGACGGACAAGGAGACGGCAUGUGCAAUUAUGUUCAGGUGCUGGAAACAAAGUUUCGCUGGUGGCAGCGUUCUGAUAUUUUUUUUUGGCAACGCAAUGUGGGCAACACAGCAACCGUCAACACGGGGCCACCCUUUGACCACACCUUUAGAAAUUCAUCAGGAUAUUACCUGUUAGCAGAGGCAUCUCAACCUCAGCGCCCAGGUGACAGAGCACGCUUUACAUCCCGUCCUCUUGCCUCUACCGGUGAUCGCAUAUGCCUGCAGUUUUACUACUACAUGACUGGAGACGAUAUUGGCUCACUCACAGUGCUGUGGAGUGCUCCUCAUUAUGAAGAAAAGCCUAUCUUCCAGACAUCAAAGAUGGCAGAUCGCUGGCAGUCAGCUUACGUCGACAUCAAAGACAUCGUAGAUAAUUACAAAAUAACUUUCGAAGCAAAGGUUGGCACAGGAAGUCAAGGAGAUAUUGGUAUCGAUGACAUCAGGUUUCUCCGCACGCCAUGCAGUGGGUUUGAACCAGAAAGCACGUGUGGAUUUGACGCAGACUACGAGUCCUGUUACUACAGACAAGGCGAUGCAGACUUGUUGGAAUGGAUUUGGUAUGACAGCAGAGGCACUGAACCUUCACCCCUCGGCAACUCCUCAGACCAAGUUGGUUCAUUCUUGUUCAUCAAGGGUGAUACCAAAGUUCCCGGCCCUACAGCCUCUCUCUUCGCUCCACGGAUCCCGACAAAGGCAAUGGAUCACUGUCUGUCUUAUGAUGUCACCGUCCAGAAUGACCCUGCAAUGAAACUCGUAGUGGCCGUGGAAUACCAGAACUCGAACUGGAGGAAUUUGCAGACCGUCAAUACAACUAAUGCGGCAAAAUGGACCCACUUUGACCUUAAACUUGAUCUUAGUCUUUUAACCGAAGACACAUUUCAGAUCGUAUUGAUCACAUACUUUGGUAACAACAAGACUGAUGGAUUAAUCGCUCUAGAUAACAUCACCAUUUCGCAAGCAAGUUGCGACGUGGUCAAGGCAAGAACGGCUGCACGAGAGAAUCAGAAACGCAGUGGUGGUGGUUCAAGAGCCAGCGUCGCACUCGGUGUCAUCCUAACUCUGGUCAUCGUCGGCGUCGUCAUCAUGCUCGUUGUCGCCUGGUUCUAUAUUCGACGAUCAGGCUUUGGCAACACACCGUUCGCCAUCAAGUACAAGAACCGGGAAAAUGACAACAUUAGUCCUGUCUCGAUGCCCGGUGAACCUGGCAUUGCUAACCCAGUCUACGAGAAGCCCGAUAUUGACAAUAACGCAUGAUAAGUCCAGAAAUCCCAUUCCAAAAUUUCCCUUUUGUCUGUCAUGUUUCGUUUGACAUCGAUCUAUUCAUGUAGAAAUUACGGACAUUUAAAGAAACAACUCAGCAGACUUUAUACCCCAGUCACAGACCGACAAUAAAAUGAUGAUUUAUGUCGCACCUUUUCUAGGGGAAACAAGGCGCUGUCUCCUAGAGUCUAAGGAUAAAUUAAGAAUCGUAGAAGUAUAUUUUCAGAUGAUUUUGGAAAAGUCAAUUUACAAAUUAGCCGAGUACAGAGGCGACCCUAUACGGACUGAACAAUUACAUUAACCGGAAAAGCCAAGAGUUGAUAUAGGUUUGGACUCUGGAUCGAGUCAGUAUGGGGUGGCUUGGAGGCAAUAUAGGUGUGUGGCUUAGGUGUAAGUCAAAACCUAUUGGGAUUGUUAUGGUUGUAAUUAAUUUAGCAGGUAAUUGUUAUACUUAAAUGAAUUGUUUUUAAAUAUCUCUAGCUAUUAAAGUUCCAUGGGAUCUACGGAAAGCUUUCAAUAUUCUGGCGAUACUGAUUGCAUGCUUUCACUCUUGAAUAGUAUCGUGUAUGAAAAAAAAAGUAUAUAUCCAUAUUUCAUAUUCAUAUACAUUCUCUAUUCAUUCCCGUGUAUGUUUGUUUUGUUUUUUACUCCCUGAUUUUGUUUUCAAGAUGUGUGCUUGGUUUAUGCUACCCCAUCAACAGUUUUGUUUUUUUUUUCUUUUUAAUUCUACCAAGUUCGAGUAUACAUCUAUUUGUAUGUCACGAAACAAUAUCCUAGUAUGUAGAAGUUAAGUGUUUGUUAGUUGUUAUCAUAUUGACUUCUCGGAUAAUCGGAUUGCUAUGAUAUGUAUUUCUUUCAUAUAUAUGUGUGCUUUUUUAAUCCUCUUAUCUUUCCAACUAUUAUCAUUCUAUAUCAUACUUGAUACUUAGUUAAGGAGAGGGUUGAAUUUUAGUCAAGCAACUGAAUUUUGAAAGAAACUGCCUGAAAACCAAUGGGAAGGGUUUAGCAUGUUAUAUACAAGAAUCGGUGUAUUAUUUGAGGUUUUGUAGUCACCAAGCAUUGUCAGGGCACAGUACACAAUGUCAAUAUGGGACUACAUGUGCAUGUGAAAGUUCCAAAUUUGUUCAGUUAAUGACUUGUAUUACUCGUCACAGUUUAAAAUGAUAGAAUUUGAAUAGCAUUCAUAUUCAUUAAGUCUGUGAUAUUCUAUAAACUACAAGAAAAAACAAAAAAGAAGAAACCAGAGCUCAAGCUUCACUUUUCAAAGUGUAGUCGUCGAAGACUCCACAUAUACACACACAACCCGUGCGAUUAUCUUCAUCACCUUGAAGCAGCACUUAACUGCAAGAAGAAGACAUUCUUUCAAUAACAAAUUUUGACAAAUGCAUCAUUUUCUUAGAAGACUUUAUUUUUUCUUCUUCUUCUUCAUAAUGCACCGUUUGAAUAUGUGAUCAUUAAUGCUACAUUUAUGUGUGCUCUUCAUAAAAGUAUGAUAUGUCGACAGUUUUUACAUGUGUAGUGAUUUCAUUUUUGUUGUCAAACUUUGAAAGUGUAUAAAGUACAUAGUUAAUAGACCUUUAGGUUUUAACCAUUUUCAAUUAGCAGUAGUUGUUAUUUUAGUGAUAGAAAACAUGAUACAGCAGUAGUUUCAGUAUAUUGAAUAGAUCCAUGUACUUAUUCAUAACCUAUUGUGUGCUAUAAGAAGAGUGUUAUAUUGAAAUAUAUCUGAUCAAAUUAUAAGAGUGUAAUAUUGAACUGGUAUAAGUAGCAUAUGUAUCUGAGUAUAUAUUCACGACGCUGUUUGGAAAUAUAUACCUGUAUGAUAUUACAUUUUAUUUUGAACAUGUACUAUUCUUUUUUAUCAGAGACUCAUAAAAUAUGUUUCAUUCUAUAA